AAUUGGCCACGGCCCAGGUGAUAAGUUUAGGGUUUGAUGUUACGCAAAUUGAUCCAUCUCCACCUUAGGGUUCCGGUACACCGUAGAGGGCGGAGGAGAAGCCGGCAAAUCACGGGACGAUUUCUUCACGUAAUAACGGGAACGAGACACAAGACAUGGAUGAAGAUCAAGGACACCUUGAGUCGAGAUAAUUUUUCUUUGAAUACGUUGGCCAACGAAAUAAAUAGGUGUAUUGGGCCCAUGGUAAACAAGCUUGAAGAUCUGGGCACUCGCUUAAAACAUAUCGAGGCGGAGUUGAAUAAAUAUGCACCAACACAAGAUAAUGUGGUUGAGAUUCCUGCAGAGGAUAAGCCAUCUCCUUACGACCCAAACAUAUGUCUACCAACAUUCCCUGACAAGUUUAAUCUUGAUGUCUUUUGCAAUUGGGUUAAGGAGAUAGAAUUCUAUUUGGAGUAUUAUUGUGUUGCACGGCCAGUACAAGUAGAACUUGUAGUCAGCACAUUGCCACAGGAAGGAGAGGCUUUCAAAUGGUGGCAAGAUAUUCAAAAGCUAAACGAGAAAGUCUAUAAAAAUGAUCCCAUUACGUGGCCAGAGAUGAAGAUGCUGUUUAUGGAUAAAUUCAUUUCUCCAUAGAUUGUUUGAUAGCCAACCAAAAAUCCAAAAUUAGAAUUUAUUGCAUGUAUUGGAAUUUAAGGAAGUAUCGGAUCUACUAGGAAUAUUUUUAUUCUUUUAGAAGAUUUAAACAAAAAAGGUUAUUUCCAUAAACACCCUAUAUUU